AUGCAUCUUUCUUCAUCCAUCAUUGCCAGUUUGGCGCUUGUUCUUCCAUCACUUGCUCUUCCAUCCCCAAGCCAAGCCAAGGACUCGGUCCCCGGCGAGUCGUCUCUCUUCGUCAGCUAUAGUGGGAAGAAGACACCUCUAGAUCCCGAGUACACCAGAGUCAUCCCAGCAACCAAGCAUGGUGCGCCACAGCCGGAUGAUCUCCUUUUUCAGAACCUGCUGAGCGCAGAAUGGAUCAUCUAUUCCUUCUACCAAGAAGCCGUGGAGAACUUCUCUACUGCCGACUUUGUUAAACUGGGGCUUCCAAACACCACUUAUCAGCGCGUCACCGAACUGCGCGACAACGAGGCUGGCCAUGUUCGCAUCUUUCAAGACCAAAUCUCGGACUACUCCCUGAAACCGGGACCCUGCCGGUAUGCCUUCGGCUUAGGCAACAGCACCGACACCUUCUUGACACUGCAGGUGUAUAUCGAAGUCUCUAGCAUGGCAUUCCUGACUGGCCUGGUCCGCGAAGCCAAAACCAACAUGUCCAAAUCUGCCCUGAUGGCAAUUGCCGAGGUGGAAACCCGCCACAAUGUCUGGUCGCUGAUCGAUGUAUGGAACGUCAGUCCGUUCUCCGGUCCCGCCGACACCAUCUACCCCUACUCCAACCAGAUCUUGGACUCCACCAAUGCCUUCGUUCUGCCUGGCAGCUGUCCGGCUCAAAAUCCGGUAUAUCCAAGUCCGCGUCAGAACCUGCCGCAGCUGGCAUUCAGCAAGAAAUCAACCACUGGACGUCCCGGGUCGAGGAUCCAGUUUGUGUUUUCUGAUCCAAAUAAUCAGCCCUCGUUUGGACGGUCGCGUGACUACUAUGCGGUGUUCUUUCAUGGUGUGGAUACCAUUAGUGUGCCGUUCAACCCAGUCGACAAUACCUCGACUAUUCCGAAGCAGUUUGACCCGACGAGCAUCAUUAUUGCAGUUAUUGCGGAUCAGCCUGGUGCCCCGACCGAACACAGUGUGGUAGCAGGACCAUUGAUUAUGCUGGAGCAGCCAGGAACGUUGACAUUGAAGGAGCCUAAUGCCGUUUGA